CAGCAAAACGGUGCAUGUGAUGAUCAAUACGCGGAAGCUUUUGCGUCGAAUUCGAACGGGCGCGUUCGUUGUGCGUUGUUGAUUUAGUAAUAUAGCGAGUGCUGUUAGAUUAUAAAUAUACCGUAAUCAAUAAUGUGGGCUGGCUUGUCAACUUAAUAGACUCGUUGCUUGUGUAGACAUUCAUCUGAGCUAGUUUUUUCCUAAUCUUUAUAAUUUGCUAAUGAAAUAAAGAUAAUGGCUUAUUGACGAGCCGAGGGACCAAGCGACGGGUCGGAGUGCCAAAUGCAAGUCCGAUAGAGCAAACUGGAAUUGGAGAUGGAACACAAGAAUUUGAUGAUCUACUUUUGGAGGCCUCGACCAUAUUAACCUCUUGUCUAGCACCACGGACAGCGACCAUGAACAGGUUACGCAGGAAAGCGUGCGUGGCUCUUUUAGUGUUCACUUUGUUCAUUUUUGGCACUAUGAUGGGCCUACGAACCCUCAAACCCACUGAUGGCUUUUCGGAUCUUGCUCCAGGAAUGGAGUUGAUGCCUUUGGUUGGAGAGCGACUGGACCAGAGACCCAAUAAUGUAGUUGAAUCAGCAGGUCAAAAUGGAGGUGGGGGGAGUGACACUAAGAUAGUGUUUUCCAGCUCGGGUCCUGACCACAGCAUAUUCUAUGACAUUCACAUCUUCUAUUAUUUAUGGUAUGGCUCGCCACCGAUGGAUGCUGGUUAUAUACAUUGGGACCAUGUGCUGGUACCACACUGGGACCCCAAAAUAGCUGCCAGUCACCCGAAAGGACGACACAAUCCUCCAGACGACAUUGCGUCCAGUUAUUACCCUGAACAGGGACCCUACAGCUCCAGAGAUCCAGAUGUCAUUGAAUCCCACAUGGCGCAAAUCGAAGCUGCAGCCACAGGUGUGGUGGUCCUGUCCUGGUACCCGCCUGACGUGGCAGAUGAACAUGGCAAACCCUCAGAGGAUCUGGUGCCAGCUGUAAUGGACGCUGCCCAUAGACACAGUAUCAAGGUUGCGUUUCACCUGCAGCCCUACAAAGGCCGGACAGACCUCAGUGUGCAUGACAACAUCAAAUACAUCAUUGACAAAUAUGGGCAUCACGGGGCUUUCUACAGGUUUAAGUCCAGCACUGGGAAGGUCCUUCCACUGUUUUACGUGUACGAUUCGUACCUGAUGCCGCCCGAGACCUGGGCUGAGCUGCUGACCGUCAGAGGAUCGCACAGUCUCCGAGGAACUCCUUACGACGGCGUCUUCAUCGGCCUCAUUGUGGAGGAGCGCCACAAGCAGGAGAUCCAGGCUGGGGGCUUCGACGGCAUGUACACCUACUUCGCUUCCAAUGGCUUUUCCUUUGGAUCUUCUCACCAGAACUGGAAAGCAAUCAAAGCUUUCUGCGACAAGAACAACUUACUGUUUGUACCUAGCGCUGGGCCGGGCUACAUGGACACCGCAGUUCGGCCGUGGAACAACCACAACACCCGCAACAGAGUGAACGGACGAUAUUACGAGACCUCUUUGCAGGCGGCGAUAUCGGUAAGGCCUGACAUCAUCACCAUCACCUCGUUUAACGAGUGGCACGAAGGAACUCAGAUCGAGAGGGCCGUGCCCAAGAAGACUGUGGCCCGUCUGUAUUUGGACUACAAACCCCAUCAGCCAGAGCAUUACCUGGAGCUCACCAGGAAGUGGGCGGAACAUUUCAGUAAGGAGAAAGAGCAGUGGCUCAUGUGACCUCGUGACUUCUUACCAACGUUGACUUCUGUGUUUAGAUUGUUUAACACUAACGUUGUCGAUUGUGAUCCUUCAAUUUAUGCAUACAUUUGAAUGGCAGCUAACUAGAAAGGACAAGCCACCUUCUUGCUCGCAUUUGAUUCAUUGAUAAACGAUUGAUUUACUGUAAGCCGUCCUGCUUCGGAUGGUGUAAGUUAGCCAUCGGCCAUCACCAGCCAUCAUGGGGUUAGCCCCCGAGUCACGAAAGGCUUGUUUACGCCGGGUCACUCAGAGCUGCAAUUGAACAAAAGAAUAAUGUGUUCUGAACACAAAGCGCGUGCACAAUUUAUAUGGUAUGAUUUAAGGGUUUUGUCAUUUUUGGAGCUCCGCAGCAUCCAUCUGCAUUCCCUAUCAUUGGAUGGAGAGGGAGACGAUGAUGAUGAUGAUGAUGAUAUUCCUCUUCCUGUAUUCCACAGAAGAAAAGAAGAAAUCUUAUUGUUUGGAAUUAAACGAUGCCGAGUGAAAUUGCAGUUUUAGCUAUUCCUGUAACAUCAGGCCUUGAACUGACUGACUUCUGCAGCAAAAGUGUGGCCUGGGUAUUUGAAGACUGGACCUUUUAUUGUGUGUUUGGACGACAGAUAACACUGAUUGGUGAUUGUGGUUAUGGUUUGUUUGGAUAAUGGCUGGGUUUAUUACGUUCUGUAAAUCCUAUUAAUUAUGCAUAUUGUAAUCCAUGUUUAAUAUUAAACUGAAAGAAAUGAUUAUUUUGCCAAGUAAUACAGAGUAUAAAGAAAUUGAACAGAA